CAGGCCACAGUUCAUUACGCAAGGUUUGCUAAGGCCCUCCACGUGCAACUAGCGUGAUGACUAAACACAUUUUUUGUUAGAAUCCGUACCGUUUGCUAUAGAGAACCCUUCCUCUCCGGUUGCAGAGACAACCGAGGUGAAUGUCGCGACAGAUACUAUAGCUCAGCCUGAGGGGAUGGUUCACAAGGGUGCCGCAGGUGUUACUAGGGUUACUGAUGCACAGACAAGCACAUGGUGGACAUAUCUUGGAUGGAGUAAUGCUCAAGCGUCUGAUAGUCACAUACAAACAGAUCCAGCUCCGAACGCUCCAACCAUCUCAUCGGUCGUUUCCGAUGCACUGCCGCCGCCAGUCAGUGAGAUGGCGGCACAGCCAAUCGUCGACCCGACCUUUGUUCCUCAGAAGUCGGAAAAUAGCACUGAGGAGCAGAUCGCAUCACAGAAGGCUCCUCCUGUGCUGUCCACCGAUGCAUCAGGAUCGCAAGGCUCUGCAUGGUAUUCCCCGUGGUCGUGGUACCAAGGCUCGUCUACUCCUAUCAAAUUCACAAGCUCUCCUCCGGUCACUCGAGCUGUCUCCGACGGAGAAGGGAACGUGCAUUCGGAGCUUAGCCAAAAUGAUGAAUCCUUGAACCAGAUGGCUGCUGCUGUUUCCCCUUUGCCGGAUCCGCAACCUCCUGCUAGCGAAGCAAAUCCGAUAUCAUCGACAAUUACUAAUAACAGAUCCGGCUGGAUCUCCUUUUUUUCUGCUCGUGCAAUGGCGAUGAAGAGCAUUACGAAUGAAAGUCACAAUGAAGAAAUGGAAGUGAUGGAUUUGGACGAGGAUGAAGCUAGUCCGAGCGCUGGCCCUCCAUCAUCAACCACCUGUUCCGCUCCGUUGAGCAAGGAUGCCAAAACCCCAUCUCCGGGUUCGACGGGUGUGCCACAUAUUUCUCCUUCCCCGCCAUCUCCAGCUCAGAAGAAACCCGAAGACAAAUCUACUCCGACUACUGGCUCGGCCAAUUCUUCAAACGCCAUCCGACUUGGCGCCAACAAAUGUCCACCAUCUCCGACUCCUUCGAAGAAGUCAGGGGUAAAGACACCCACAACUCCUCCACCGAAUUUGGUCUUGCCUACAUGGGAAGAUACUUUCCACACGCAUCCUCGCGCACACGUGCAUGCAGAGCCCCCAUCUGCUCUUUCCAAGACAUUCCAAUACGUCAGCGAAGUGUUAUUUGCGCGUGAUGAGACUGCCUCACACAAGAAAGGCAAGGUAAAGUCUUGGGAGAGGCCAUUGGAGCCCUAUGAAAAGGCGCUCCCACGUUCGUGGGAUGUGAUCGGGGGACAACAACAGGACGUGCUGCGAGGAUGUCAAAGGGCAGUUGUGAUUGGCGUACACGGAUGGUUCCCUGGUGCUGUUAUGCGGACGGUUAUCGGUGAGCCGACCGGGACAAGUUCAAAGUUUGUGAACAUGGCUGUUCAGGCGUUAGAAGAAUUCCAGGACAAGCACGACGUGAAGCUAUCAAAAAUCACCAAGAUACCCCUCGAAGGAGAGGGCACCAUCAGCCGCCGAGUCGAUAAGUUAUAUCAGAACUUGAUCGGGAACAACGAAUGGAUGGAUGACCUCCAGAAUGCAGACGUAAUUUUUUUUGCUACACAUUCCCAGGGUUCAAUUAUUUCGACUCACAUCUUGGAUCGCCUCAUCACCGAUGGGCACAUUCGGACAGCACCACGUGACUUGGCUGCCAACCCAAUUGCUGAUGCCUCUGGUAGCAAUAUCACACGCCCUCCGCAAAGGGUGUGUUGUCUGGCUCUGUGUGGAAUUCAUCUUGGACCACUGAGAUAUCUGAGCACGAGCUCAUUAGUCCUACCUUAUAUCCAGUAUUUCGAAUCGAUUGCUGCCCGGGAGCUGUUCGAAUUUCAGAAUACCGACAGUCAGAUUUCAAGAGACUACGUGAAGGCCUUAAGAAACGUUCUGGAUAAUGGAGUCAAGAUGGUGUAUAUUGCGUCUUUGAAUGAUCAAGUAGUAGGGCUGUACUCCGGGCUGUUCACUUCAGUGACGCAUCCCCUGAUUUUGCGUGCGCUUUACAUUGAUGGAGAUGCAUACCAUUCUUCAGAUUUCCUGUCCAAUCUCCUCGUUCUCCUGCUACGUAUUCGAAAUGCAGGGCUAUCAGACGGUGGACUACUUGCGCAUUUGUCGGAGUCAACCGCUGGAUCGCUGAAUGGGGUUGGACAUUCGACUGCAUACGAAGAGACUGCCACAUAUUCAUUCGCAAUCAACUACCUUUUCCUAUCCGACUCUGGACAACGCUCACAAGUUGAGCUUGCGAUGGAGCCGUUUGAUGCGAGAACGGAACAGAACGAUUACGAGAUUCCCUGGGCUCUCCGUGACCUCAUCGCUGAUGAUAGAGUCGCCGAGCUGUUUUCAGAUGAUUUUAUUCGUCUGCGAGAUGCUUUCCGAGAUUGGCAACCCAAGACUGCAAUUUUGCGUGAUGUAAAAAGGAAGCUCCAGCCGAUCCAAAGAUUGUCAUCAACCAUGAUUUCCAAACAUGCCGACUCCAUGAGCAAACUAUAAUUCACCCUCGUUGCAGGCUCUGAUCGGUGAACUCUGUUGUUCCGAUCUGCCUACAUUGCGUUAAUAGAUUUUCACCUUAAUGCUCGUGAAACAAUAUCCCCCGUCACUGUAUAUCAUUCAUUUGCAUCGCUCCUCGCAGCCGGUACUCACAUAUAUAUAAUUCAUCGAGAUCAUUGCUGUGC